AUGGAAUAUUUGGCGGCCGAGGUCCUCGAGUUGGCAGGCAAUGCAGCCCGUGACAAUAAGAAAUCCAGGAUCAUCCCCAGACAUCUCCAGCUCGCCAUCCGUAAUGACGAAGAGUUGAACAAGCUUCUCUCCGGUGUCACCAUCGCCCAAGGUGGUGUGUUGCCAAACAUCCAGGCUGUCCUUCUCCCCAAGAAGUCUGGAAGCGCCAAGAAGAUGUACCCGCACGAAUUCAACAACCUGCUAGCGAUGGUGAGAGAAGAAUUGACGAAAGACGUCACAACUAUGCGCAGGCCUAUUGGUCCUGAGGAGCGGUUAGCCAUAUGCCUGAGAAAGACUGCAUCCGUAGUGGCAAUGACAUCAGUGCUCUCAGUUUUCUUCCUUUUCUUCGCUCUGACGGCACUUGUCUUUGACGAACUGCUUGGCUCCAUGGUGUCAUCGUGA